UGUAUCCUCAAGAUUCCUAUCAUUUCAGAGAUAUCGCUCAGUCGGAUAGGGCCACGAGCCAGCCACACGCCUCUACACGUGCCGACUCCUACACCGUCCACGCUAAUCUUCAUCUGACGGUCUAAAAUGCAGCGCCAUCCACUCUGGAACCCUCUUCGUUCCGCUUAAAACCCCCCUCCGAUUCCCCAUUGGUCUUUGUCCCACCACUCAGAGUCCCAUUUCUCCCUUCUUUGAAUCGUCUCCAUUUCCCGACCCUUCAGCCUCGGAAUCCCUCUUCUCCUUACUCGGAUCUAUUAGCCCUUUCUCUUUUGCUGUAGUGAGUCAUGUUUCUGAAAGCUUCUCCGACUGUGUCUCUCGGCCAUGGCGGCCUUUUAGCUGCUUCCGAACUAAACCCUUCUACCCCUGUAUCGAUCCCCGUUCUGGGUUUCUCGCAGAGAAAGGAGAGAUCCAGUUCUCUCGUGGCUUUUGCCAAGAUCGGCGAGGUCAACUCGGCGCUGACCGGCUUGGUGUUUCAGCCGUUUGAGGAAGUGAAGAGGGAAGAGUUUAUGGUUCCAAUCUCCCCUCAGGUUUCUCUGUCUCGUCAGAACUAUUUGGAUGAGUGCGAAGCAGCAAUUAAUGAGCAAAUCAAUGUGGAGUACAACGCUUCGUACAUAUACCAUUCUCUGUACGCUUAUUUUGAUAGGGACAACGUCGCUCUCAAAGGCUUCGCCAAAUUUUUCAAGGAGUCAAGUGAAGAAGAGAGGGAGCACGCUGAAAAGCUUAUGGAGUAUCAGAAUGUUCGUGGUGGGAGAGUGAAGCUUCACUCGAUCCUCAUGCCUCCUUCGGAGUUUGAGCAUGUUGAGAAGGGAGAUGCUUUGUACGCCAUGGAACUGGCGCUUUCCCUGGAGAAGUUGACUAAUGAGAAGCUGUUGAGCUUGCACUCCGUAGCAGCUCGGAACAAUGAUCCACAGAUGGCUGAAUUUAUUGAAAGAGAGUUCCUCAAUGAACAGGUGGAGAGCAUCAAGAAGAUAUCAGAUUACGUCACCCAGUUGAGGCUGGUUGGGAAAGGCCAUGGGGUGUGGCAUUUUGACCAGAUGCUUCUCAAUUAGUGUGAUGCUCCAUGAUGUAAUGGAUGCUGGUUCAGAGUUUGCUAGUGGAAGAGUUCUUGGAUCAUUAUGUAACUGUUGGGAGAUGGGAAAUGUCAAUGUGUCCUUCCCUUCCCUUCCCUUUCUGCUCUUCUCCCGUGAAAGGGUAUAUAAAUAAACUGCUGAGUGUAGCAUGUGUGGUUUAGCUUUUCCCCCGUGUAAUGAGCCAUCUGUUUGCAAAUUUGCUCUUGUCUUGAGAAAUGAAUGCACUGAGGCUUUGAGGUGUGAGUCCAUGUUUGAUUUGGCUUUGACUCUGUUCUCCCUGACAUGUACACCUCCAUUUGGAUAGUACGUCUCGACUCGACCCGUACUUCAGCAGAUCAUGCGUUCCAUCAAUAACAUUUUCAAAAACUAUCAGUUUUGAAG